CCAGCCCGGCCGCGGACCGCCUGCAAGGAAGCCGCUCCGGGGGCCGCCGAGUCCACAGGUUAACGCCAUUGUUUGGAGAAAUCCAGUGGGUGUGGAACUGGGGCCGGUGGGCCCAAAGUCCUGCUUACCCAGAAAGUCGAAUAUUAUACUACGAAGUUAAACGUUCCUCGUCUCUGGACAAAACAAUUACCCUGCGGUCGCUGGAAGAUCAGAAGGAAAGCUGCUGAUUUGCAUCAACUUCCCACCGUCUCCUCUGCUGAGAAGUGAAUGGUUCUCCCGGAUUUCUAAAUGGAUGGGGAUGAAAGACAGGAUUAGAAAGGAAGUUUGGUGGCGGUGAGGAGGGACGAGAGUGAUCUGGCGAUGGACCACUCUAAAUCGCAUCCAGUAGAUUCUUCCUAGACAGCCAUGAGUCAGCCACCGACCGGGGGCGCUGCCCCCGCCACAGCCGCAGCUUCCGCUGCCACCGCCGCCACCGAGGCUCGCCUGCACCCGGAGGGCAGCAGCAGAAAGCAGCAGCGAGCUCAAUCACCCGCUAGACUGAGGGACAAUACGGUCCGACAGGCCACAGCAGCUACCCGGUCCCCGGUGGGGGCAGGCACUAAACUCAAUUCUGUUCGGCAGCAGCAAUUGCAGCAGCAGCAGCAGCAGCAGGGCAACAAGACCGCGGGCCGCGCGGUGCCUGGGGCCAGCAGCCGAGGAGGCGCAGGCGGAGGCGGGGCGGAGAAGGCGGCGCCCCCGGCUCCCAAAGGGGCUGUGCCGGGAGCUGUCCAGCCCGCGGCUGGUGCUGAAGCGGCCCCCGCGGCAACCCUGGCCCCGGUGGGCGGCCGGAGGCUUGGCCCCACAGAGGAGCCGCCGGGGAACCUAGAGCCCGGGUCCUCUAAACUCGGGGAACCCCCUCCGCUCGGGGAAGAAGGAGGAGGGGGUGGGGAAGUAGGAGGAGCCGGCAGCGGCUCUGGGGAAAGGGAGGGGGGCGCUCCGCAGCAGCCCGCGAGCGGCGGCGGCAUGCGGGCGGCGGCGCCCCCUCCCUCGCAGCCGCACCCGCACCCGCAGCAGAGCCAGGAGCAGGAAGAAAUGCAGGAGGAGAUGGAGAAGCUGCGAGAGGAAAACGAGACUCUCAAGAACGAGAUCGACGAGCUGAGGACCGAGAUGGACGAAAUGAGGGACAGCUUCUUCGAAGAGGAUGCCUGCCAGCUGCAGGAAAUGCGCCACGAGUUGGAGAGAGCCAACAAGAACUGCCGGAUCCUGCAGUACCGCCUCCGCAAAGCCGAGCGCAAGAGGCUCCGCUACGCGCAGACCGGCGAGAUCGACGGGGAGCUGGCUAGCCUCCCUGUUGCAAAGGAUGUAUCUGUGAGACUUCACCAUGAAUUGGAAAAUGUGGAAGAAAAGAGAACGACAACAGAAGAUGAAAAUGAGAAACUGAGGCAGCAGCUUAUAGAAGUUGAGAUUGCAAAGCAAGCUUUACAGAAUGAACUGGAAAAAAUGAAGGAGCUCUCCUUAAAAAGAAGAGGAAGCAAAGAUUUACCAAAAUCUGAAAAAAAGACUCAACAGACUCCCACAGAGGAGGACAAUGAAGAUCUGAAAUGCCAGCUGCAGUUCGUGAAAGAAGAAGCUGCUCUGAUGAGAAAGAAAAUGGCCAAGAUUGACAAAGAGAAGGACCGCUUUGAGCACGAGCUGCAGAAGUACCGGUCCUUUUAUGGGGAUCUGGACAGUCCUUUGCCCAAAGGAGAGGCGGGGGGCCCUCCCAGCACCAGGGAGGCCGAGCUCAAGCUGCGGCUGAGGCUGGUGGAGGAAGAAGCCAACAUCCUGGGCAGGAAAAUCGUGGAGCUGGAGGUGGAGAACAGAGGCCUCAAGGCGGAACUGGACGACCUGAGGGGCGAAGACUUCAAUGGCUCGGCCAACCCGCUCAUGAGGGAGCAGAGCGAAUCCCUGUCGGAGCUGCGGCAGCACCUGCAGCUGGUGGAAGACGAGACCGAGCUGCUGCGCAGGAACGUGGCCGACCUGGAGGAGCAGAACAAGCGCAUCACGGCCGAGCUCAACAAGUACAAGUUCAAGUCCGGCGGCCACGAGAGCGCGCGGCACCAGGACAGCGCCAAGACCGAGGCGCUGCAGGAGGAGCUGAAGGCGGCGCGCCUGCAGAUCAACGAGCUGAGCGGCAAGGUCAUGCAGCUGCAGUACGAGAACCGCGUGCUCAUGUCCAACAUGCAGCGCUACGACCUGGCCUCCUUCUCCGACCGGCAGCAGAUGAAGGACAUCCGCUCCGAGGCCGAGCGCCUGGGCAAGACCAUCGACCGGCUCAUCGCCGACACGAGCACCAUCAUCACCGAGGCGCGCAUCUACGUGGCCAACGGGGACCUGUUCGGACUGAUGGACGAGGAGGACGACGGCAGCCGCAUCCGGGAGCACGAGCUGCUCUACCGCAUCAACGCGCAGAUGAAGGCCUUCCGCAAGGAGCUGCAGACCUUCAUCGACCGCCUGGAGGUGCCCAAGUCCGCGGACGACCGUGGUGCCGAGGAACCCAUAUCUGUGAGUCAGAUGUUCCAGCCUAUCAUUUUACUUAUCCUCAUUCUUGUAUUAUUUUCAUCACUUUCUUACACAACAAUAUUUAAACUUGUCUUCCUUUUUACGCUGUUUUUUGUACUGUAAAUAUUUCAUCAUUUAUCAUUCAUUGUAGUAUUUUCAGUUUGUUUAUUUUGUUCAUCCUUCAAGACAAGAAGUAAAAGAAGUAUAAUUUCUGUAGUAACCAAUGCUAUAAAAACACUGAAGACUGCUUAAUUUCUUUAAAAGACCCAUCUCACCACUACCAAAUUCAGUAAGAAGCCCAGGGACUAAAAUAUUUCAGGCUGCUCUGUAGACAUCCGGGGUCCAGUGAGCGUCCUUUCCCUGCAUCACUGGCCACAGGCUUGCGAAGAGAAGUGAACAAAGACAGUCCCCAGAACCUCAGAAAGAAUUCCCGGUAUCUUCGUCCUCUCCCCUUUCAUCCUGUCACUUCUAUGACAGUAUCUUUAUUGUGUAAAGCGUGUUCUAAAACAGGAACACCCAGGCUUCUUUGUUCAUCAGGAGAACAAAAUCCCUGAAUGAUUUAGACAAAGAAUCCUCCCCUAUUUGCACUUUGAAGCUGUGCUAUUUAAACAUCACAUUGAAAAUAAAUUCAAACAAACCAGUCUUAUUGUAGAAAAUGUC